AUGUCAAGACAUCAGUAUGAUUUGGUCCAAUGUUUUAAACAGCCAGGGACAACGAUAGCUCGGCUAUGUGAUAAAUGCGAUGGGAGAUGUCCCUCAUGUGACUCCUAUGUGAACCAAGCCGAACUUGCGUACAUAUGUGAUGAGUGUUCGUUCGUCAGUAAUAAAGGUGAGGGAAAAUGUAUAUUAUGUGGCAGCAAGAGCACCACGGAUGCCUACUAUUGCUCAGAAUGUGUUAUGACUGAAAAAGACAGAGAUGGCUGUCCUCGGAUCUUGAACAUAGGUACAACCAGAAGUGAUUUGUUUUAUGAAAAAAGAAAAAAGAACUAA